UAAUGGACUCCGUUUUCGGAAUUUGAGGGGAUGACUGGGCAAUCGUUGCCUCAGACUCAGUAGUAGCUUACUCUAUCAUGAAGUUGAAGAGCAAUGAAGAUAAGAUCUACCACUUGGAUGACACAAAAGUAAUGGCUAUCGCUGGAGACACUUGCGAUAGAGAAAGAUUCGCUAGUUAUAUUCAGAGAAGCUUGGAUUGGUACAAAUACAAGAAUGGGUAUGAACUUGAUCUCGAUGCCACAGCAGAAUUCACAAGAACCGAGCUAGCCACUGCUAUUAGAAAGGGACCAUAUAAUGUAAACCUACUGAUCGCCGGAUAUGAUGAGAAGGAUGAAAAAGCUAGAUUAUAUUGGCUUGAUUACUUUGGAACUCUUCAAGAAGUCAAGAAGGGAGCUCAUGGCUAUGCAAACUACUUCACGUCCUCAGUUCUUGACAAUCAUUACAAGAAAGAUAUGACUCUUGACGAAGGUAUUGAAUGUGUCAAGGACUGUAUUAAGGAACUCCAGACCAGGUUCUUGCUUAGCCAGCCUGGAUUCGUCAUCAAGAUCAUAACUAAGGAUGGUAUCAAGGUAGAAACUGUUGGAUAACGA